UGGGGCUCGUCUGUUAUUUCCAUUUUUAAAGCUGGACAGCAUUGAUGAGAUGGGCAGAGGAGUAAAGGUGAUGGUAUUUUCAGGUGUGAAGCCUAAUAAGAAAGAUAUCUACCCCCAGUCUUUCAUAUUUAUGAACUUGGAUUUUUCUUCCUUUUUCUUUGAGAUGGGUAGGGUAGCCCAGUUUGUCUCGCAACAAAAAGCUGACACCUGGUGAUGGAAGCAUGGGGAACAUAAGGUGCUAGGAUUGCCAGGUGUUGAUAUUUACUCUGCUGUUUUGGCCUUUGUGAGAUGGGGAUGUCUUAAUUUGUUCUUUGUGGGGAAAGCAGCAUCUCAUGGGAUGAAAAGUCAGUGGGAAGAAGAUAUGAUCAGUGGAUUUCCCAGGUUAUGAGGAUUACAGGCUGUGAUCUAGAACUAGCCAUUAAGUUUCCCCACUUAAGAAGGCUUUGAACUGGAAUUGUUCUCUUUGUUGGGUAUAUCCUUUUCCUUUCUUAUCUUCUUCCUCUAGCUAAGGUAAUGGAGUCUUCCCAAGUCCUUGGAGUCCCAGAAGAAUGCAGCAGCAGCGAGUCUGGGUGGACAAUGUAUAUUGGUUCCCCUACCCAUAACUAUGAUUAUGAAGGAGAAGAUACCAAUACCGAAGAUGGUGGAGGUGAUGACAACAAUGACAAAGAUAAUCACAGUGACAACGAUGACAACAACGAUGACGAUGAGAGUGAUGAUUCUAUGGCAUCAGAUGCCUCCUCCGGUCCGAGUCACCGCGAACUUCCUCACGGAAGUAGUGCAGGGAAGCGUGGGGUGGAUUGUUUCAAGCAUGCAGGUCAGGAUAAAAAUCCCAAGUCCUCCUACGGUGAGAAGUCUCAGAUACAGGCCAGGCAGAAGACAGAUGAAAGGAUGGCAAAAGCACAGAAAUAUAAGUUGGGUCCCGAGGCAAACAGUGCUACCAGCCGCGUUCACAGCGGAGCCAAGGUAAGGAAAACCAAGUAGAUGGGCACUGGAAGAUGUGUUCACUUACCUAGCUAGUUUCUUUGUCACCUUUUUCCAGCUAGAAGGUUGACAGUGUUACAUAUCUAUUCAUCUUUUGCAUGUAAACUGGAAGCACAGCUAAAAGCGUGCCUCUGUUUUGUGGUUCCAGAUUCAGUGUGGAAGUGAAUGAAGACACUGUAUUUUUUUUUUUUUUUUGGUGGGUGGGGGGGUAAUUAAGAUCACUGUUCUCUCAAUUUCCAAUAGGAAGGUAGUACGUCUUUUUGAGACAAAACAUGUUAAGAGGAGACUUUGGUCCUAAAGAAAAGGUUUUAAUUCCACCAAAAAGUUCGGCA